AAGAUGCUGGCUGCCAGUAGUAGAACAGAUCUUCUGUGGAACAUAUCUCUGUAAAUCUUCCCUAAAAUUACCCAAAGGCAUAUAUUCCGCCUGUGAUGGACCCUCGGAAUACUGCUAUGUUAGGCUUGGGUUCUGAUUCUGAAGGGUUUUCUGGGAAAAGCCCCUCUGUGGUAAACAUUGGCACGUUGGUGGGAAAAGGAGAAGUAGAGCUAGAAAGUUGCACCAAGGAAGAAGACGACAGUAAGAAGAAGAAUCGGGAGGGGAACAGUACUGAGAAUGGGAAGAAUGAGGCUCUGACUGAUGCACAGCAACAGUUUUCAGUGAAAGAAACAAACUUUUCAGAGGGAAACUUAAAACUGAAGAUUGGUCUUCAAGCAAAGAGAACGAAAAAGCCUCCCAAGAACCUUGAGAAUUAUGUGUGCCGGCCUGCUAUAAAAACCAGCAUCAAGCAACCAAGAAGGGCACCAAAGAGUGGGAAGAUGACAGAUGAGAAGAAUGAGCACUGUCCUUCAAAACAAGACCCUUCAAAGUCGUACAAGAAAGCUGGAGAAGUUGCAACAGUUGAAUUACAUGUGGAAGAAGGUAUACAAGUAGAAACAAAUCCUUUAUCUAAGAAAGUUACCCCCUUGCACUCUGAAAUGACAGAUUAUAUAAAGUCAUCUCCUCCGACUCUUAUCAGUAGCCAUAAUUCUGACUUAAAGGAUAGAACACAAAUUAACGGAGCAACAACUGUAACAGAAAAAUUGGCUCAACUUAUUGCAACCUGUCCUCCUUCAAAGUCUUCCAAAACAAAACAGAAGAAGCCUGGAAAUGGAACUGCGUCUGGCUUGGUUAAAGACUGUGGGAAGAAGCUACCAGGAACCAUAACUGCAAGUGGGUUAGUUAAUAAAGAUUUAGUAAAGAAAUUGCCAGGAUCUAGUAUUGCUGUUGGAUUGGUUAACAAGGACUCAGGGAAGAAGCCAUUAGGGAUUGGUAGUGCAGCCAUAUUGGUUAACAAGGACUCUGGGAAGAAGCCACAAGGGAUUGGCCCAUUAAUUGGAUUGGUUAACAAGGACUCUGGAAAGAGGCCACCAGGGAUCAGCACUCCAACUGGGUUAGUUAACAAGGACUCUGGAAAGAAACAGCUAGUGACCAGCUCUGCAGUUGGAUUAAUCAGCAAAGAUGUUGGGAGGAAACUUCCAGGUAUCAGCACUCCAACUGGAUUGACUAAUAAGGAGUCUGUCAAGAAGCCAGUAGGGAUUGGCACUCCAGCAGGGUUGAUUAACAAGGAUGCUGGGAAGAAGUUGUUGGGAAUAAAUAGUCCUGCAGGACUGGUUAACAAGGAUUCUGGGAGAAAGAUGCCAGGGACUGGCAAUACGACAGUUCUGACUAACAAAGACUCUGGAAGAAAGACACCAGGGAUUGGCAGCCCAAUGGGACCAGUUAACAAGGACUCUGGGAGGAAGAUGCCAGGAAUUAGCAGUCCGGUCGGAUUGGUUAGCAAGGACUCUGGGAAGAAGCCAACAGGUAUUGGCAGUCCAGUUGGUUUGGUUAACAAGGACUCUGGAACUCUGAAAGCAGACUCUCUUAUGCCUGCCUCGGAGCCCUUUAAGCUUCCUUGCAAUUCAAACCUCAGUAGCCUUGAAAGCCAUGAGACUACAGAUUUACUGAAGGAAAAUACUACUAGCAAAACGUUUGAGAAGCAUAUUAUGAGACAGAAUAAAGAAAGUAUCUUGGAAAAAUUUUCAAUUCGGAAAGAAAUCGCUGAUGUAGGCAAAGAGGUGUUUAAUGAAGGAAUCUGCGUUCCACAGGAUGGUUAUUCAACCAGUGAAAAAGGGAUUUAUGAAACAUCUAAGCAUGAAAAACAGCCUCCAGUAUAUUGCACUUCACCGGACUUCAGAACAGGAGGUGCUUCAGACGUAUCGACAGCAAAGUCCCCAUUUAGUGCAGUAGGAGAGGGAAAUCUCCCAUCACCUUCACCCACAGUGUCUGUUACCACCUUAAACAGGAGCCUCUCAACAACAUCUUCACAGUUAGCGUCUAACUCAUUGCAUUUAAGUUCCACAGCAGAUCUCUUAGAAGGUAUUUCAGAUCAGAUUGGCAAAACUCAGUUUUCUUCUGACAGUACACUUCUGAAUAUAAACAGAGCAUUGAACCAUACUCUGAGCACUGAUUUUAAAGGUGCUGAUAAAGAUUUAAAUGAUUCAAAAGCUGCUUAUGUAGAAACUUCAAGAACUAGUACUUCUACAGGGAAAAAGCCUAUUUUGGCAGCUGAAACAAGCAUUCAUGCUACUGUCACCCCUUCAGUAGUUAGUUUUACAAGCUUGUUUAGCAGCAAGCAGUUCCUAAAGAUUGGUGCGUUAGCUGCAUCGGAUAAAUCCUGCCAAGGAGCAAAAAAUCUGACCACUACUCAGCAAUCAAAACCUUUAAAGAAAAGAAAAGGAAGGAAACCACGAUGGACUAAAGUGGUGUCAAGAAACACAUGUCGACCUCCAAAGGGUCUAGAACUAGAAAGGUCAGAACUUUUUAAAAACAUUUCAUACAGUGCAUUAUCAAGCAGUAAUUUGGAGCAGGCCAAAUUCUUGAAAAACAUAGGAUCGUCUUCAUUUGUGGAGCAUGAAUUUGUCAAACAUCAGUUGCCAAAACUGAAUGAAGCUAAUGGACAGUCUCUUGCACUGUUAGCUGAGACUGACAAGCAAACUCAAAAGUUCUACAGUACUCACAAACAACCCUCUAGUUUGUGUAUGUCAGAUGAUUUCUUACCUGACAUGUAUAAACCCAAAAGAGGAAGACCUAAAUCCAAGGAGAUGCCAGAGCUCGAAGGUCCCCCCAAAAGAACUCUGAAGAUCCCAGCAUCGAAAGUCUUUUCAGUGCAGUCAAAAGAAGAGCAAGAACCUCCAAUUUUGCAGCCUGAAGUAGAAAUUCCCUCCCUAAAACAGAGCUUAUCAGGACAACCUUUUCCUAAAAAGAGAGGGAGGCCUAAAAGACAGAUCAGGUCAUCAAUUAAAAUGAAGCCACCUAUUCUUUCUGUGGCACCUUUUGUUGGAACAGAUAACUCAAGCAAGAUAGAGUCUGAAAGCGAUCAACAUCGAAGUGGGGAUUUUUUUGAGAGAAAGGACCAGCUCCGAGGGCCAGAAGAAGUCCAAAAACCUAAUAUUUGUAGCAUGACUGGUUUGGAAGUAGACUCAGACAGAAAAGUUGCCAAGAGAAAUAAUGGACAGUUAAUGAAAACAAUUAUUCGAAAAAUAAAUAAAAUGAAAACUCUGAAGCGAAAGAAACUUUUGAAUCAGAUUCUGUCUAGUACAGUGGAACCAAAUAACAAAGGGAAAGUGCAAUCUAAGCUCCACAAUACAGUGUCAACUCUUGCUGCCACAUUUGGUUCAAAAUUAGGCCAGCAAAUAAAUGUCAGCAAGAAAGGAACAAUUUAUAUAGGAAAAAGGAGAGGAAGGAAACCUAAAGCUGUCCUGAAUGGUAUUUUAACUAGCAGUUCUGCCAGUCUGACAGUUCUUGAGAAGUCUGCUCAACAAGCUCCUGGUACGUCAUUAGGACAAGUACUUCCCCAUUUGCUGCCUUCAACAGCUAAUAAUUCCGAGAUUCUUCCAUCUCCAGUUUGCUCCCAGUCAUCUGCAGUGAGUGGGGGACAGAGCCCUGUCAGCAGUGAUGCAGGAUUUAUUGAGCCCAGCUCAGUGCCGUAUUUACACAUACACUCCAGACAAGGAAGUGUUGUUCAGACACUCGCGAUGAAAAAAGCUGCUAAGGGAAGGAGGAGAUUAUCUCCACCUACGUUGUUGCCAAACUCCCCUUCUCACUUGAGUGAGCUGACAUCGCUGAAAGAAGCCACUCCUUCCCCAGUAAGUGAGUCUCACAGCGACGAGACGAUUCCCAGUGACAGUGGAAUAGGAACAGACAAUAACAGUACUUCAGAUCGAGCGGAAAAGUUUUGUGGACAAAAGAAGAAAAGGCAUUCUUUUGAUCACGUUUCCCUUAUUCCACCCGAAACUUCCACCGUUUUAAGUAAUCUAAAAGAAAAGCAUAAACACAAAUGUAAGCGCCGCAGUCACGAUUACCUUAGUUAUGACAAAAUGAAGAGACAGAAGCGAAAAAGGAAAAAGAAGUAUCCUCAACUUCGAGGUAGGCAGGACCCAGAUUUCCUCGCCGAAUUAGAAGAAUUAAUAAGUCGAUUAAGUGAAAUUAGAAUAACCCACAGAAGUCACCAUUUUAUACCCCGAGAUUUACUGCCUACCAUUUUUAGGAUAAAUUUCAAUAGUUUCUAUACCCAUCCUACUUUUCCUUUAGAUCCUUUGCACUACAUUAGAAAACCCGAUUUAAAGAAGAAGAGAGGCAGGCCUCCAAAAAUGCGGGAGGCUAUGGCAGAAAUGCCUUUUAUGCAUAGUCUCAGCUUUCCUCUCUCCAGUACUGGGUUCUAUCCCUCUUACGGCAUGCCUUAUUCUCCUUCUCCCCUUGCAGCUGCUCCCAUAGGCUUAGGUUAUUAUGGAAGGUACCCUCCAACUCUUUAUCCUCCUCCACCUUCUCCUUCUUUUACUACCCCCCUGCCACCACCUUCCUACAUGCAUACAGGCCAUUUGCUUCUCAAUCCCACCAAAUAUCACAAGAAGAAGCAUAAACUUUUACGCCAAGAGGCUUUCCUUACGACAAGUAGGACUCCGCUUUUGUCAAUGAGCACGUACCCCAGUGUUCCACCUGAAAUGGCUUAUGGCUGGAUGCUCGAACAUAAGCAUAGACAUCGCCAUAAACACAGAGAACAUCGUUCUUCUGAACAACCGCAGGUUUCCAUGGACACUAUAACGGCUAACAGCUCUUCUAGAACAGUUCUGGAGUCCUUGAAGCGCUACAGAUUUGGGAAGGAGGCUGUAGGUGAGAGGUAUAAACAUAAGGAGAAACACAGAUGUCACAUGUCUUGUCCACACGUGUCACCUUCAAAGGGUUUGCUAAGCAGAGAUGAACAGUGGGUCAGGAGAGAGCCUUCGGAGUCUAAUUCAUUAGCACUGGGAUUGCAGACACCGCUACAGAUAGACUGUUCAGAAAAUUCCCCAGGUCUGUCCCUGGGGGGAUUUACUCCAAGCUCUGAGCCAGCCAGCAACGACGAACACACAAAUCUUUUCACAAGUGCAAUAGGCAGCUGCAGAGUCACAAACUCUACCAGCACCAAUGGACGUAAAAAAUUAACUGACAGCCCUGGACUCUUCAGUGCACAAGACACCUCGCUAAAUCGACCUCUCAGAAAGGAACCGUUGCCUUCUAUUGAAAAGGCACUGCAGCCACUGUCAGGCACUUUGCCAACACAGGACAAACCUUCCCAGAGGCAGUCAGAGAGCACAAAUUGCAGCCCUUCCAGAAAGAGAUCAACAUCUGAGAGCACAUCUUCUACAGUGAUUGGAGUACCUACCCGGGGAGCGAGGCUGGCAACUGCUGUUGAUGAUUCAGUGGAUAGCUUACUGCAGCGCAUGGCACAACAUGAAGGCCAGGCUACUUUGGACAAAACCUUAGAAGCAGUCAUUGCAAAUGUGUCUGUUCCACCAUCAGCUAGUCCUGCUCGAAACCACAAUAGGGAGAGAGGUCUGGGGAAACAGGACAGCCUCAUAGCUCCAGCAAUUCCCAGCAGCUCCUGCAGCGAUAGUAUCUCGCUUCUGUCAGACAGACUACCAAACAGCUAUUCCCCACAUCAUCUCAAGAGAAGCGUGGUUGAAGCCAUGCAGCGACAAGCUAGGAAAAUGUGCAAUUAUAACAAGAUCUUGGCAACAAAAAAAAAUCUUGACCACGUCAAUAAAAUUCUGAAAGCCAAAAAGCUGCAAAGGCAGUCACGGACAGGGAAUAAUUUUGUGAAGCGCAGGCCAGGUAGGCCCCGGAAAUACCCAAUGCAGGCUGUCGUUUCAAUGCAAGCUUUCCAGGCGGCUCGACUGGUCAGUCAGGAGUUAGAUAAAAGAGAAGAAAGCAGCAGUCCCUUACACCUUGGACCUGAUACCAUCACAGAUGUGAUUGAAGCUGUAGUGCAAAGCGUGAACUUGAAUACAGAUCACCGAAAAGGCUGGAAGAGAAAGAGGUGGCUUGCAGAGGAACAGGCCAGGAAGCGACAAAAGUCUUUACCAGAAGAUGAACAGGAGAGCAGUAAGAGCUUUUCUGAGACAGUAGCUGAACCUCCCAGUCCGCAUGAUGCCCUUGGGAAACCGCAUGAAUCUGAAAACACUGAACAGCCUUUGCCUUCUCCAGCCCAGCGUGAGAAAAAAGCUCCUCGACCCCCAAAGAAGAAGUACCAGAAGGCAGGGCUCUACUCUGAUGUGUACAAAACAACAGAUCCGAAGAGCCGCCUCAUACAAUUAAAGAAAGAAAAGCUUGAGUACACUCCUGGAGAGCAUGAGCAUGGAUUGUUUCCAGCCCCUAUUCACGUUGGAAAGUAUCUCAGACAAAAGAGAAUUGACUUCCAGCUGCCUUACGACAUCCUCUGGCAGUGGAAACACAAUCAGUUGUAUAAAAAGCCAGAUGUCCCACUUUAUAAAAAAAUCCGUUCUAAUGUCUAUGUGGAUGUCAAGCCUCUUUCUGGCUAUGAGGCUACUACCUGCAAUUGUAAGAAACCAGAUGAUGACAACGGAAAGGGCUGUGUGGAGGACUGUCUUAACAGGAUGAUCUUUGCCGAGUGUUCACCAAACACCUGCCCUUGUGGUGAACAGUGUUGUAAUCAGCGGAUACAGAGGCAUGAAUGGGUGCAGUGCCUGGAAAGGUUCCGGGCUGAGGAGAAAGGAUGGGGUAUUCGUACCAAAGAACCCCUGAAAGCAGGACAGUUUAUCAUUGAAUAUCUGGGAGAAGUUGUUAGUGAGCAAGAAUUCAGGAACCGGAUGAUUGAACAGUACCAUAAUCACAGUGAUCAUUACUGCCUGAAUUUAGACAGUGGAAUGGUGAUAGAUAGUUAUCGUAUGGGCAAUGAGGCUCGUUUUAUCAACCACAGCUGUAAUCCUAACUGUGAGAUGCAGAAAUGGUCUGUUAAUGGUGUUUACCGGAUUGGAUUGUAUGCACUUAAAGACAUGCCUGCUGGUACUGAAUUGACUUACGACUACAAUUUUCAUUCAUUUAAUGUUGAAAAAAAUCAACUCUGCAAAUGUGGUUUUGACAAAUGCAGAGGAAUAAUUGGGGGUAAAAGUCAGCGAAUGAAUGGACUUUCAAGCAAAAGCAAUCAGCCUGUGAGCACCCACAGAAGGCCUGGACGGUCGAAAGAGAAAAGGAAAUCAAAGCACAAACUAAAGAAGAGAAGGGGCCACAUUCCAGAGGAACCCAGUGAAAGUGUGAACGCGCCGACAAGGCUGACACCACAGCUUCAGAUGAAGCCCAUGUCUAACAGAGAAAGGAAUUUUGUGCUAAAACACCAUGUAUUUUUGGUACGAAACUGGGAAAAGAUUCGACAAAAACAAGAGGAAGUGAAGCACGUCAGUGACAAUAUCCAUACCACAUCGCUAUACAGUAACCGCUGGAAUGGAAUCUGUCGGGAUGACGGCAACAUUAAAUCUGACGUCUUCAUGACCCAGUUUUCAGCCCUUCAGACUUCCCGCUCUGUGAGAACACGACGCUUGGCUGCAGCUGAAGAGAAUAUUGAAGUGGCUCGUGCUGCCCGCCUAGCACAAAUCUUCAAGGAAAUAUGUGAUAGCAUCAUAUCCUACAAAGAUUCCUCCAGGCAGGCUCUUGCAGCUCCCCUCCUGAACCUACCCCCAAAGAAAAAAAAUGCAGACUAUUAUGAAAAGAUCUCUGACCCAUUGGACCUUGCCACAAUUGAGAAACAGAUCUUGACUGGCUAUUAUAAAACUGUGGAAGCUUUUGAUGGGGACAUGCUGAAGGUCUUCCGGAAUGCAGAGAAAUAUUAUGGCAGAAAAUCUCCAACUGGGCGUGAUGUGUGCCGGCUACGGAAAGCAUAUUAUAAUGCUCGCCAUGAGGCAUCUGCCCAAAUUGAUGAAAUUGUGGGAGAAACAGCAAGUGAAGCUGACAGCAGCGAGACAUCGGUCUGUGAAAAAGAAAACGGACAUGAGAAGGACGAGGAUGUGAUCCGUUGCAUUUGUGGCCUUUACAAAGAUGAAGGACUCAUGAUCCAGUGUGAAAAGUGCAUGGUCUGGCAGCACUGUGACUGUAUGGGUGUGAAUUCUGAUGUUGAACACUACUUGUGUGAGCAGUGUGAACCUCGAUCAGUGAACAGGGAGGUUCCCAUGAUUCCUCGUCCCCAUUAUGCCCAGCCUGGCUGUGUUUAUUAUAUAUGCUUAUUACGGGAUGGUCUGCUGCUGCGCCAAGGUGAUUGUGUUUACCUGAUGAGAGACAGCCGUAGAACUCCAGAUGGACACCCUGUCCGGCAGUCAUAUCGGCUGCUGUCCCACAUCAACAGGGAGAAACUCGAUAUUUUCCGCAUUGAAAAACUCUGGAAAAAUGAGAAAGAGGAGCGGUUUGCAUUUGGUCAUCAUUAUUUCCGUCCACAUGAAACACAUCAUUCCCCUUCUCGAAAGUUUUAUCACAAUGAGCUCUUCCGGGUGCCAUUGUAUGAAAUUAUCCCCUUAGAGGCUGUGGUGGGAACGUGCUGUGUUCUUGAUCUAUACACCUACUGCAAAGGGAGGCCAAAAGGUGUGAAGGAGCAGGAUGUAUAUAUUUGUGAUUACCGCCUUGAUAAAUCAGCUCAUCUCUUCUACAAGAUCCACCGGAAUCGUUAUCCUGUCUGCACCAAGCCCUAUGCCUUUGACCACUUCCCCAAGAAACUCACGCCCAAGAGAGACUUUUCACCUCAUUAUGUACCAGACAACUACAAGAGAAAUGGAGGCAGAUCGUCCUGGAAAACGGAUCGCUCAAAACCACAGAUUAAAGACUUAAAUCAAGAAGAAGAUUCUCUUCCACUUAUUGAGGAUGUAUUAGGAAACCAAGAUCAAACUUCAAGUGAGAUGCCUAGCCUAGAGGAGCCAGAAAAAGAGGCAGUCUCUAGUGAGACCUGUGAAACUGAUAAAAAGGUGGAAGAAAGCAAUUCCGACACAAGGCAGCUGUGCAGUCCAGAGGAAAGGCGGAAUAUUCAGAGAGAGAGACUUAAUCAAAUCCUGCUAAACCUCUUAGAGAAAAUCCCAGGGAAAAAUGCUAUUGAUGUCACUUACUUGCUGGAGGAAGGAUCAGGAAGAAAACUGAGGCGGCGCACUCUCACCAUCCCGGAGAGCAGCUUCAGGAAGUGAUGCCACAAGAGGAAGCUGUGGUCUGGAGUCUGCUACAAGGUCUGCUGAGGACUGAGGGCAGGAGCCCAACUUCCUCUGCACCAGCCAAGGAAAAGAGGGCAGCAGAAAACUGACAAAUAUACAAACAGUUAGCACUUAGAUGUCUGGGUUGGCAGGUUGCCCUGCCCUGCUCUGCAGUGCUCUUAUGGUGUGUGUGUUGUUGGGCGUGCCUUGUAUUGAUGUUAGGUACUGAGAAAAACCUCGUGGUUAUUGUCCAGGAUGGUCAAAUUUAAUUUAUUUUUGCUUGAUAUUCCCACUCAGAGGAAAAAUUUAAAAAAAAAAAAAAUGGGGAGGUAAGAAGGAUAAGGACUGACUUACUCUGAUGAGAAUAUUCCCCAUGUUCACCAAUUAACCUGUGAUUGUACAAGAUACUGUUGGCACCACCAUUGCCCAUGCCAGUGAAUGAAAUCCAGAUGGGAGGGUGAAGGCCCAGUGGCUUAAAAUUAAAGGCUGCCCUAAAGUUGUGGCCUCUGAUUUGCACAAGUUCCAAGAAGAGAGAAACGUACCCAAACGUGCGAAAGGUUCACCGUGGAACGGCCAGUGCACACAUGUACCUUUGGUCUGUGACAAGGAGAAACUUCCAAAGUCACCCUGGAGCAAAGCAGGAGUUGGCUGGUUGAGGCACUUGUUCUGCGUCGUAGAGGGGGGAGGGGGCGGGGUGUGAUUUUUUUCACUUUUUUCUGCAGAGAAAUUUUAUAAAGCAAGUCAAAUCCUGACAACACCAUUGCUGUUGGUUUUUUUGAUAAGCUGUGGUUCUUGUGUGUCUAGUGUGUUGUGCAAAUUAAAACCUGUUAAAAGAAAAAGAAAAAGGAAAAAAAAAAAAGGAAACCUUCACUACAUGAACCGUCAAGCAGUAUUCAGAGCGAGUAUUUGUUGUGAACUGUAGAAUAUAUCAACUGCUAACACUAUUCUUGUGUUCUGGUUGUACAGCUUAAAAUGUCCGUCUCUUAAAUUAAGAGCCAGUGUAUCUCGCACCGCCCUCUCUCUCUGCCCUGACGAAAAGUAUUAUUCCCGAAAGCAACAGCCGAGGCAUUGAUUUCUCGCUGCAUGAAAUUGCGAUUGCCGUAACGUACCACGAACCGGUGCUGCAGCAGGACUCCCUGUACUGCACCCGACGACCUUCCCGGCGUGCAGAGCCACGACGCUGUCGCCUGUCUCUGGGCCAGGGCCAGGCUGUGGCAAAGGGAGGGGGUGGUUGGCAUACGCUGCCCCUUUAAAAUGGCUUUGCUUUUUUGUCUUUCAGACGUACAUAUGCAUAUACAGUCCUGUUUUAGAUGUUCUUAUAAGAAAACCAGUUUUUAAUGUGCCAAGUUGUAUAUAUCUGCUGCGUGGAUGUAAAGCAAUACAGUAGUUACAUGUUCCUUUUUAAUGGACCAAGCUUGUCCUAAUGUACAUUCUUGUUAUUAUUAUAAUUAUUUUACUCUUAGUGGAACAUGACUCAUUCCAUUAACUUUUAUGUGUUGAUUUAAAAAGAAAAAAAAAGAAAGGAAAAAACCCUUUGAGAAAAAAUAUUUUAUUAAAAAAAAAAAAGAAAUAAGAAAAUAGUUUGGAAUAUUUUCUUACUGUAGAGAAGCACUGUACAGUACCAGGAACCCUGAGUAUAAAAUACUCGUGCGUGUAGUAGGAAUAUCGCAUGUCCAAAAUCUUGAGUUGUCUCAUUUAGUUUAAAACAGAAAUCAUUGUCUCAAAUGGUGUUAAACACUAAAAAGUUUUUAAAAAAUAAAGUGCGUACAGAAGCGAGACACUAGCUCUGUCAUUUUAUCUUUCUUUUGUUGAAAGACUAAACAAAAUGUUUUUUAGACAAUCAAAUGUUAGGUAAGUGCAAAGAAUUGUUUUUCUUACUGGUGUAGAAAUUAAUGACUGUUUUUAUUUUUCGGUUAUUUUAUAAUAACGAGAAGACCAGUGUGUCACCAGGAUCGCUGUUUUAAGACCAGGAAGCACUACAUUAUUGCAAAUAGAUAUGAACUCUUAGUCUGCAUGGGUGUAGGCUGUGUGAUUGCUGAAAAUAAAUGCUGCUAAUAUAUUUCCUUUUUACAAAGCAUAUCUAAAUAGAUCAUUGUUUUGAUGUUAAUCUUUGUAAAUUAUGUAUUACCAAUUUUAACAUUGGAUGUAAUUGCAUAAAAAGCCUGCAUCUCAAUCCUGAGAGAGUCUAGUAUUAAAUGGAAAAUCUUUUCC